GUCCACGGCGCCAACCGGUGUUCCUAGGUUCCAGUAGGAGCAAUGGCCUUCACGACGUGUUCUGGACACGACGGCGACUAAUUGAAAAACAUUGUUUUAAUGCAAGCAACGAACAAGAUAGAUCAUUGUCAUCUGACUGCCAGAGAGAUACAGUUGUAUGUUCGAGCUGCUGGAUGAUAGUAAUCGGGCAUUUCAAUCAAAUCAUGUUGAGGUGAAGGUUUUUAUUUUGUCUGGUUUUCUUACACUAUCUAGGCUGUUACUGUAAUUGCUUGUUCUGUUAGGUUUAUGUCUUCUUCUUCCAAUUACCUUUUAUGAAAUGAAAAAAGAAAUAUACUCUUCUGAAGAGGGGUAACUUUCUAUCUAGAAAGUUCUUAGGGAAUGUUUUUCUUCACAAACCUCUGAACUCUGUUUUGUGAUUGGUCAAAUUUUAUUGUUCUCCUAUGUUGUCUUCAUCCACAUUAGCCAAAGGAGUACAACAAUGUGUUUGAUAUAGGUAAAAAUUGUGGAUAGCUUGAGAAUUUGAGAGCUAUGUUGCUUCUGGCUCAUCUCCUCUUACUGGCAAAUUCAUUUAGGUUUGUUUUCUUACCACUGGCAAAUUCAUUUAGGUUCAUUUUCUUACCACUUUUCAAACCGUCAGAUUCAUCGCAAUGGUCAUAUUAAUUCUGGAAGAUGUGUGCUGAAUCUCUCAUGCAUGGUGGCUCGCUUUUGCUUUUCACAAAGGAUAGAAAUAAGGUAAAGUAGAUUUUUGGAGGAAAUUCUAAUAGCAUUUUUUUCUGAAAUUUUAUGUUGCUUUUAGUUGUAAAAGUGUUGGAAUAACUAGCUAUAAUAUUG